UAGAGAAUACUCUUUGCGCUCUAUAUAAGCUCUGUGCAAACAAACAUCUCCCUACUGGUUUAUAAUUGGGCUUUUUGAGCUCUGCCUUGUUUAUCCAAAAUGGAGAACAGUGCAACAAGCUGCGGUGCAGGAGUGGCUUGGUGGUGGCCAUAUGUACUUUUUCCCCUCACUUAUAGGGAGACCAACUUAUAUAGCCUGGGGAAUAUUCAGAAAGAUGAUAGUAUCUGUUCAUUGAAGCAAUACGUGGGGAUGCUGGUUUUCGCUUUGCUUUGUGCAGUUAUCAUCUCCUGGUGGAGUCCCGGAGGAUGUGCCUGGGCCGGGAAGAAGAAGAAGAAGAUGAUUCCAGGGCCCAGAGGAUGGCCAAUUAUCGGAAACUUAAUUGAAAUGAGUGGCGGCCAUGCUCACCGUGCGCUUGCCAAAUUGGCCACGACUCACGGGGCAAAGAAGCUGAUGGCCUUCAGCUUGGGCUCAACCCCAGCAGUCAUAACGUCGGACCCAGAGGUGGCAAGAGAGCUGUUAAGCUCACCCCACUUUGCGGACAGACCCCUCAAACAAUCUGCCCAGCAGCUCAUGUUUGGGAGGGCAAUAGGCUUUGCACCCAACGGCCACUACUGGAGGACGCUUCGUAGGAUGUCCGCUUCUCAUCUCUUUAGUCCACGAAGAAUUGCUGCUCAUGAGGCUGGGCGUCAGGCGGACUGUCUGAAAAUGUUAUCUGAUAUACGCAGUGAGUGGACAUGCAAGGGUGCCGUAAAGCUCCGCCCACAUCUUCAAAUGGCGGCGCUCAACAAUAUCAUGGGAAGUGUGUUCGGUACAAGGUUGGGUGGUGAUUUAGAAGGAAGCGAGGUGAGGGAGAUGGUGGAGGAGGGGUUUGAACUACUGGGAGCAUUCAACUGGGCCGAUCAUCUACCAUGGCUACGGAUUUUUGACCCCCUGCGAAUCCACGCCCGCUGCGCUGAGCUUGUACCUCGAGUUAAGGCUUUCGUCCAACACAUCAUCAACCAACAUAGACAGUCCACUUUGCCCAGAGACACAGCCGAUUCAGAUUUCGUGGAUGUACUCCUUUCGCUUCAAGACCAGGAAAACCUCCACGAUGACGAUAUCAUCGCGGUUCUUUGGGAGAUGAUCUUCCGGGGCACGGACACCGUCGCUUUAGUUACAGAGUGGACAAUGGCGGAAUUGGUAUUGAACGAGGAAGUACAGCGCAGAGCUCAGGCAGAAUUGGAUGCAGUCGUGGGGCGAGACAAAAGUGUGCGAGAUGAGGAUAUAGCAAGGCUUCCGUACCUGCAAGCGGUGGUGAAAGAGAGUUUGCGGAUGCAUCCGCCGGGGCCUCUGCUAUCAUGGGCCCGCCUGUGCACGGAGAGCGUUGAUAUAGCAGGCGGGAUGCAUGUUCCGGCGGGAACGACAGCCAUGGUGAACAUGUGGUCCAUCACUCACGACCCCGCAAUCUGGCAGUCGCCUCAAGAAUUCCAGCCGGAGAGAUUUCUUGAAGAGAAAGUAGACAUUCGGGGUAAUGACUUAAGGCUUGCUCCCUUCGGUGCAGGUCGGCGAGUGUGUCCCGGAAAGGCUCUGGGCCUCACUACUGUUCAUCUCUGGGUAGCGAAACUACUACACCAUUACAAGUGGACUCCUUCUCAACAACACCCUGUAGAUCUCACCGAGGUUCUCAAGUUGUCUUCCCAAAUGGUCACACCCCUUACUGCUAUUCCGACCACCACAAUCCCCUACUGAGAAAUUAUGUUUCAAAGAUAUCCUCCCUUUAUAUUUUUCAUAGUAAAGUUUAUAUGAUAGUCUAGAUUAGUUUGCCUAGCGACAAAUUGUUACAGAUUACCUUCAACGACAUUUGACUAGAUGCUUGUUUCAUAGUUGGCUUGCUGGAGUUUUUAUUCACAAAAUCUUGUAAGAGGAAAUAUGUGUACAAAACACGAUGUCAUUAUUACAGAUAAAUACGCUUGAUGAAGUUUUUUUUAA